UCGUCGGAGUCAUCAGCAUCGGCUAUAUAUAUUGUCCAGAUAAAAACUAGCGCCACUACGAGUUGUAUCUCAUUCGCAGCUCGUGCGUAGUAAACUCGAUUAAGGAUCUCCGCUGGUUGUGACUGCGAUUCCGGCAGUGACAGUGACGUAAGCUUUCCCCCAUGCUCCUAAUUGGAUUACUAAUGCUGCUCCAUGCCGGCCUCCAAGGAGUCCAGGGCGUUGCGUUCUACACGGAAAAACCCUCCUAUAUUGAGUCCUGCAAGAUUUAUGAACCGGAGUUCACCAAGUGCUCAACUCGCUCCAUACAGGCAUUUAUGAACCAGCUCGUCAAAGGCGUGCCCGAAAUAAAUGAAUCCUUUGGACCCAUCGAUCCCAUGAGGCAGGAGCAGUUGGUGUUCAAGCAGGAUAACAGCGACGUGGCCACCCUUUCCGCCAAUCUUACGGAUAUGCUGAUCAGGGGCUUUGGAAAAAUGCUGAUCAAGGAGAGCAAAGUAAGCAAGAAGGAUUUCAGUUGGCUAACUAAGAUCUACCUGCCCCAAAUGCGAAUAGAUGGUCACUACAAAAUGGUUGGUCGCAUUUUGCUGGUGCCUCUGCAGGGAAAUGGAAAAAUAGUCAUGGAAAUAGAUGAUCUGGACAUAUUGAUGAGCACCAAGACACGCCUCUACGAGAAGGGCGGCUACACAUUCUACAACGUGACAUCCGUGAAGGUAAAACUGGAGGUCGGCAAAGUGCGCACCAGAAUGGAUAACCUCUUCAACGGGCACAGCAAGGAGGUGGAAGAUAGCACCAAUCAGUUCUUCAACGACAAUUGGAAGGAUGUCUUCGAGGCACUGCGUCCACUGGUGGUUGAAACCGUGGAAAGAACGCUACUGGAUCUUCUCCACAAGACAUUUGCCCUAUUUCCGGCCAGCUUCUUUGUGGAGGACAUACCCACCUCCUUAACCUUGUAUGGUCGCAAGUCACACAUGAUCACUUGAAAGGUGUUCUAUUGAAAUAAAAUCUAACUUCCUUCAAACUGUA